CUAGUCCUUUUAACAAACAAAUUAGUGCAAGAGAUGAAGAAUCUGUCUUGGUUUGGUCAAAAACUGCAACAUCUUUGUAGUUCUUCAUAUGUCAAGCUAACUUACCUUAGUCGUACAACUUGGUAUCUAACAGCAUGUUUUUACAGGUUCAUCUAUCUCCAUUUGAAUCCAUUUUUGUUAUAUCUUGCUUAUUUCACCUCUCUUUCCUUUACUGGUUUCUGGGUUCUUCGUGGUUUGAAGCCUAGAACUUCUUCUUUUAGGCCUAAAGACAUUGACUUCUUCUUCACAUCUGUGUCUGCAGUUACAGUGUCAAGUAUGUCAACUGUUGAAAUGGAGAUUUUCUCCAAUACCCAACUCAUUGUGAUGACAAUUCUGAUGUUCUUGGGUGGAGAGAUCUUUGUUUCAAUGGCAUCACUUCAUUUCAGGAAUUCCAAAUGGAAGAAGUUUUUAAAGAUUCAAGAUGAGGCUGUUUCUUCAAAUAUUGAAUUGGGGAUGGUGUCAUCAAAUUCGAAACCCCCAUCAAGUGAAAACAUUCUUGAUUUAGGAAUUCUAUUUCACACCCAAAGUGACAAGUCAUUACCCAACAACAAUGACUUUCUGAUGUACAGUUCAUUAAGGUUAUUGGUUUUGGUCAUUUUAGGGUACCUUAUAGUGGUUCAUGUCCUAGGGGUUGCCUUUGUGUCUCUCUAUCUAGCUCUUGUUUCAAGUGCAAGUCAUGUACUUAAGAACAAGGGACUCAAAAUGUUCACUUUCUCUGUCUUCACAACAGUCUCAACAUUUGCAAGUUGUGGGUUUGUAUCUACCAAUGAAAACAUGAUUGUUUUCAGCAAGAAUUCAGGGCUUCUCAUGAUUCUAAUCCCCCAAGUGCUCCUUGGGAACACAUUGUUCCCUUCAUGUUUGAGGUUUUCAAUAUGGGUUUUGGGGAAAAUGUUCAAAAAGGAAGAGACCAAUUACUUAUUGAGUAACACAAGUGAGAUUGGGUACCUUCACUUGUUACCAACCCAACACUCAUCAUUCUUGGUUUUCACUGUUUUUGGGUUCAUUUUGGUUCAGUGGGUCAUGUUUUGCUCCAUGGAAUGGAAUUCAGAACAAUUAAUUGGUCUGAAUUCAUAUCAAAAAUUGGUGGGUGGAUUCUUUGAAAGUGUGAAUUCAAGGCAUACAGGAGAAACUAUUGUUGACAUCUCAACCAUCUCUCAAGCCAUAUUGGUGCUAUUUGUGGUGAUGAUGUAUCUUCCUCCUUAUACUUCUUUUCUUCCAAUCAAAGAUGGUGAAAGAGAUUCACAAGUACUAUUUGUGAGAAGAAAAAGAAGGGGAAAGAUUGUUGAGAAUCUAUUGUUCUCCCAACUUUCUUAUCUGGCCAUCUUUGUCAUUCUUGUAUGCCUAACAGAGAGAGGAAAGAUGAAGGAAGACCCCCUCAAUUUCAAUGUCUUGAAUAUUGUGGUUGAAGUCAUCAGCGCAUAUGGAAAUGUGGGAUUUACAACAGGUUAUAGCUGCAAGAGACAGGUGAACCCAGAUGGUUCUUGCCAAGACAAAUUUUUUGGUUUUGCAGGAAAAUGGAGUAAUGAAGGGAAGAUACUUCUCAUUAUCGUCAUGUUCUUUGGAAGACUUAAGCAAUUCAAUAUGGAUGGAGGAAAAGCUUGGAAACUUCUCUAAUAGAAUUUCCACCACUAAUUUGUAUAUAUAUAUAUAUAUACAUGCAGUAGCAUCCACCAUUAAUCUUUUUUACUAGUGUGCAUAAUUAAGUAUACGAAUCGAAUAAAUAGUAAUAAUGAUAAGAUAAGAAAGUUAUCGUUUCCACAGAGAUUGACGGAUCAGUUUUAUUAAUUAUCGAUUAUGAUUAAUCCUAAAAUUCUAUUU